UUUAUAUCUAACACAUAUAUAUGUAGAUACAUGCAUAUUGUAGAUACGACAUACCUACUCUUAUUUUUCUAUCUCUUAUAUUGGAACAGUUAUCGAACAUCCAACUUGUUUAUCUUCUCAGAAGAAGAAGAUAGGAAAAGUAAAAGUAUGUAUGUACAUAUUAUUGGAUGCUGAACAAUGGAUCUGGAAUUGAUAUGAAGAUGAGAAAAUUUAAAUUGUGAUUAAGAGAAAUCGUUAUAAAUAUCUUCAUUUUCAUUUUUAUAUACUACGAUGUUUUUGGGAAACAGGACCAGUGACGAAGAACAGUCUGCGGAUAAUGAAGGUUUGCUUUCUUCUGAAAUAACAAAAGAUUUCAAUAUUACAAAAAGAUCUGAUGUACCCGUUUAUUAUUUUUAUAAAACGCAUUGGCGUAAUGAUGCUGAAAUACAGCGACAUUAUUGGACAACAUCUUUUUUAUUACCACUCGGUUCAAUUUUUAUACUUGCCAUAGUAGUUGUAUUAAUGGUAUUAUUCAAAAGAUGUCCACAUAUUGUUGCUGCAAUAGUUGCUGCUAUUCUUGGAAUUAUUCUUGUAUUUGUGACGUUAAUAUCACUUAAUCAUCCACCAACAUACUCUUGAUACAUUUUUUAGUUACUUUUUUUUAAAAAAGAAAAUAUAUUAUGGAGUAUUUUUGUUGUUGUUGUUGUUAAUGUUGGUAGAAAUAAAGACUGAUAUAAUAAAUUUCAGACAAUAAGGA